CUUAAAACAAUACGAAAAGAGUGACGUAUUUCUGAAUUUUCUUUUUCAACCGCCUAUCACGAAAUAAUUCGACUCUGACGUCACGAAUUUUCGCCCUAUUUUUAUAGACUAGCGAGAGUGAUGUUAUUUAGAAGUGCAUUUACAUCAUGUGCCUGCUGUUCCUUUAUUUGAAUCAAGAAAUUAAGGAAAAAGACGAAUAUUUAGUUAUAUUAGCCUUCAACAGGGACGAAUACUAUGAAAGACCAAGCAGAUGUUGCCAUUUUUGGGAGAAAAAUCCGGAAAUUGUCGGAGGAAUGGAUUUCAAAGAAGGUAACGAAGGAGGAACGUGGCUAGCCAUGGACAUUCACGGAAAGAUGGCCUGCAUUUUGAAUCAGAUUAAACCAAUUGAAAAUUUUAUUACAGAGAAAACAUCAAGAGGUUUUCUAGUUGUGGAUUAUCUGAAAAGUCAAAUGAGUGGACCGAAUUAUCUCCGAAAUUUACAAAAACAAUCCGACCAAUACAACAAUUUUGUUAUGGUAACUGUAGAUAUAAGGCCCUCGUUCGGUAAAGUGACAGGAUCGUACUACACAAACUGCGAGGAUGAUCCUCCCUCCACUUUGCACUCAGGCAUUCACAUUUUCGGCAACAGCGCUCCGAAAGCUCCUUGGAAGAAAUUGAAAGUGGCUCGAAAGAAAUUCAAAGAAGUAUUACUCAGGAAUAAGAGUCGCUCUAAGGAUUUACUUAUCGACGAUCUCUUCAAAAUGUUAAGAGAUAAUAAACAAUACUAUCCGGACGAACAAUUAAUUAAAGAUGGAGAAGGAUUGUCUGAAAGUUUUCUAAGGCAUUUCAGCGCAAUUUACUUUAAAGAUCAUGAAAAUUUAUACGGAUCGAGGACACAUACAGUAAUUUUAGUGGAUCGAUCGGGUAAAGUGGAUUAUGUGGAAAAAACUAUGCAAGAACCGAUAGAUGUGUCGGCUGAAGAAUCAUGGAUAACCACCCGAUUGCAUUUUACUAUUCAAGACGAUAGAAGAGUGGAAUCGCGAUUGUGACGGUGCGAAAUUCC